UAGACCGUCGGAUGCCAGAUGGAGGGUGGUGAUGAGUCUAAUAGUGGAACGUUAGAAGUGGGAAACAACUGGUUUGGGGAAACAUGUUGUGUAAUUGGUGUACUUGGACCAUGAAGAAUGGUUGAAAACAUUACAAUAAUUAUUUUUAUCUACAAUAUAAGAAAGUUAAUAGUUGUGGAAAAACCAAUUUUGCCCUUCUAACCAAAUAAACCAUCCACGUGUAUAGGCUCAGCAACCAGCAUUGCAUUUUCUUUAAUUUGGAACCAUCUUGCUUCCCUUCUUUUUAUCUUUCCACGUCUCCACACUCUUUCAAAUUUCAAAUAAAAUUUUUCAUUUUACAAACUCAUUUCUCUCUCUUCUUUCUAUCCAAACUUCUACCCUAUCUAUGUAACCUUCUUUUCUUUCUAAUCUUUUCUCCUACAACAUGAUUUCCAUUUCAAAUUUGUUGGUUAUGAAUCAUGUUUCAAUUUUUUUAAAUUAGAUCAGACAUGCAGGACUUUCUUGGAAGAGUUUUGAAUAUUGUCGGUGACGAAUUUGGUAUUGUAAUCCUUUUUCCCAAAAUUCAGAUUUUUAUGUUUAUGUGUAAUCUCCCACCUCUCUCUUCAAUGCUUCUUCUUAACUUUUGCAUAUAUGUUUUACAUGUUUGUUUACUGACUCCUUUUUUUUUCAUAGGUAUCAAAUUUUCAUAGUUUUUGGUGUUGCUUUCCUAUGUUUAGAUGAUUUUCAGGGUUAGGGUUUCACUUUUUUACCUAAACUUUUAAUUUUAUCUUUUUUCGAUAAAUUUUAUAUUUGUUUUCAUCAUCUUUAUAAAUUUCAGAUUGAAUGAUUUUUCAGAUCUACUGAUUCAACUGCAAGAAGAAAUAGGAAGCAACACAAGUCUAUUAACUUCUUCAUCUUUAUGAUUCUUCAUAUCCUCUCAUGUUGUUAGUUUUAGUUUUUUUUUUUUUUGAAUUUUAGAUUUUGGUAUCAAUUUUGCUGGGUUUUUUUUGCUAUUGAAGGUUUGAUGAUGUUAACACUGUUUCAUAUUCUCUCAUCUUUAAUUUAUUUUUAACUACUAGGUAUAUUAUAAUAGUAAAAGAAUAUCAAUCAAAUGAAACAAUUUUAUUAACAGUUCAAUAGACAUGAUGGAGCAAUACAUUUUAUAUAUAUAUAUAUAUAUAUAUAUAUAUAUAUAUUAAGAUAUUAUUUUUCAUUUUUAUAUUACUCUUUUAAAAAAGUAUUGACCAUUUAAAUUUAAUUUUUUUUAUCAAAAAUAAAAGACAAUUAAUGAUACUUAAUUGUGAACCAAUUUUAUUUAUUUAAGCAAAAUAUUAUGAUUUUAUUUUAAGAUGGUUGAAAAAAGUGAACUUAUGUUCUCUCUUCUCUACCACAUUUAAUUUAAUUUAAUUGAUUCUUUGAUGUUAUAACCACAUGGAGGAGUAUUUUAAGCAAAGGAGAAUUUGAAAACUUAAAAUUAAAUAAAAUUAAAUUACACGGGUACUAUAUCACUAUUAAACUCUUGUAUGUAUCUAAGCUAUCAAUUAAAAAUAAGUAAAAUUUAAACACUUGAGUACAUAAGUACCUGCUACUAUAUAUUAUGAUAUGCACUUGAGUACAUAGGUACCUGCUGCUACUAUAUAGUAGAUAUUAUGAUAUGCUAUUGGCUCUAUGACUUUGACAACACCAUGCCCCUCUAUCUUUUUCUGGGAUGACAAAUAAAACACUAUUGUAUAUUUUAUUUAUCAUAUCAAAAUAACAUAAAUAAAAAUAAUUUUAAAAUAAUUAAAAAAAGAAAAUGUUAAAUAAUGCAAUCUCACAUUUAUACGCAAUCUUUUAGUUUUUCCAGGUUGUACCAUUUUCUCACAAUCUUUCAUUCAUUUAUAUGCAAUGUCUCACAUUUCUUUUUGUUUUUUGUUUUUCCAGGUUGUAGAUCUAUAUGAAGAUGCAAAUUGACAUUAAAACAAUAUGAAAAGUGUAAACAGAACUUGACGAGGAAACUCGUCAUUGCAUUUGCAGUGAUCAUAGCCAUAUAUUUCUAUAAGCGGAAGUCAUAUGUACAAUCUCGCAGCCUCUCUUCUGAGCUCACUUCAAAGGAUCUUGAAAGUGGAAGUCAACACUUAUCAUUUUAGUUAUAGUGAACUUGAAGAAGCCACAAACAACUUUGAUCCAUCCAAAGUGCUGGGAAAAGGAGCCUUUGGGACGGUGUAUUACGGAAAACUUAAUGAUGGGCGUAGUGUUGCGGUGAAGAAGUUACUUGAGAAAAACAAUUACAAAAGAGUUGAGCAAUUCAAGAAUGAAGUUGAAAUCAUGGCAUCAUUAGUCCAUGAAAAUCUUGUGUCUCUAUAUGGAUGCACUUCACUUCACAGUCCCGAGCUUCUACUUGUCUAUGAGUAUGUUUCUAAUGGAACCGUUGCUGAUCCUCUCCGUGGUAAAGAAGCAAAACAUGGAAAACUUACUUGGCCUAUUAGAAUGAAUAUUGCUGUGGAGACAGCAAAGGCGUUGGAGUAUAUUCAUACAUCUAAAAUCAUUCACAGAGAUAUUAAAACAAAUAAUAUUCUCCUUGACACUCAUUUUCGUGUGAAGGUAGCCGAUUUUGGACUCUCGCGCCUUUUUCAAGUCGAUAAAACUCAUGUUUCAACGGCUCCACGAGGGACUCUGGGUUAUUUGGAUCCUGAAUACCAGCAAUGCUCUCAACUUACCGUUAAAAGUGAUGUGUAUAGCUUUGGUGUUGUGAUGAUUGAGUUGAUAUCGUCUUUGCGUGCCGUUGAUAAUAUAACAAGUGAUGGGCAUGAAUUUGAUUUGGCUUGCAUGGCUCUAACCAAAAUUCAAAACCAAGCAUUGCAUGAAAUUGUGGAUCCUACACUCGGUUUUGAAUCGGAUUCUAAAGUAAAGAACAUGAUCAUUGCCAUGGGCGACUUAGCAUCUCAAUGUUUGCAAAGUUCGAAAAAUUCGAGACCUACCAUGAAUAAAGUGUUGGAAAGUUUAGAGGAGAUUCAAAAAGAUGGUAAGCUUAAAAGCCAACCCGAGGUAAUGGGCAUUUCGAAUUUAUCUGAUGAGGCUUCCACCUCCACUAUCACCUGAGUCGAAUGUUAGGAGCAGUUAAACAACUCCGAAUACUAGUGGAUAAAUCGGUUCGAUUUGAUAUGUUCUUCAUGGUUUUCCACAUACUUUAUUUAUUUAAACUAAUUUCAUAUAUUAAACAUAAAAGAAAGCAGAUCUAGACAUUUAGUGUAGUGGGGACAAAAAAAAAUAUAUCGAACUUUCCUUUUAAAAAUAAGAGUAAAAUGUUCAAUGAGAGAUAAAGAGACUAAUGUUAGAAAAAUAUAUGGAUAGUUAUUGUUAUAGCUUAUUAAUUUGACUGUAAAUUUUUUUAUAUAUAUAGAUGUCUAGUUAUGUUUAAAGUCAGUCACUACAUUUCUUUCUAUGUGCAAAUGUAUAUUUGAUCACUAAGUUGGUAGAGAAAAAAGAUGAAUAUAAAAUAAUUUCUAAUGUGAUAGAAAAAGUGAGAUAGAAAAUAAAAUAUAAGAAUGAAAGUUCGUGAAUUUUAUGUGUUGAAUGAAUAGAAAAACGAGCACAAACAAAGAAGAAAAAAUAUUUAAAUAUUAU